ACUUUCUCCGUGGUGAUGACUUACCGACGGAAACGGUCAUCAUUGUGGUUCAUGCGCCACCGCUACGCCAUUUUGCUGUUGAAGCCGCUCAGUAAGCAUGAGCAAUCUCUCCUAGAAUCUCUGCAUGGGUUAGUUUACAAAUACAGCAUGUCCACAUCAAGCAAAGAGCUGGAUAUUCCAGAGCAAAGACGACCACAAUUUGGGAAUAGAAAAUUGACAGACGAUGAUUGUGUAUUCCAGCAUAAUGCUUGGGACAACGUUGAAUGGGACGAGAAACAACAACUUUUAGCUGAAAUUAAAGUAUCAGAAAAUUCGGUAAUAACACUUAACGAUGAUGACUUGAAACAAUUCCAUAUCCAAGCCGAUGAAAAUUGGAAUAAAUUCUAUGGAAUUCAUCAGAAUCGAUUUUUCAAGGAUAGACAUUGGCUUUUUACGGAAUUUCCAGAAUUGGCCCCUCACAAAGUUCAAGCUGAUCCGACGGUCCCUCGAAAAGUUUCCUCAGACGAAUCUGAGAGGGAUGAACCUAGUGGAAAAGAAUUAAUCGAAGAUUUUGAAUCAGAGCACAGGAUUUUCGAAAUUGGGUGUGGUGUGGGCAAUACAAUUUUUCCCAUUUUAUUGUACAAUUCUAAUCCAAAUUUGUUUGUGUUUGGCUGUGAUUUUUCGUCGACUGCUAUUGAUAUUUUAAAAGAAAAUCCUGAGUAUGAUGAGACUAGGUGUAAUGCUUUUGUCCUCGAUGUGACGAGAGAGGAUUGGAAACCACCAUUUGAAGAGGAAAGUCUCGAUAUAAUUCUCCUGAUUUUUGUGCUCUCCAGCAUCGUACCUGAUAAGCAAAAACAUGUUAUACAACAAAUGUUCAAAUAUCUGAAACCCGGAGGACUGGUCCUAUUGCGGGAUUAUGGAAGAUAUGACUUAGCACAAUUGAGAUUCAAAAAGGGUCGAUGCCUGGCAGAUAAUUUCUACGCUAGGGGAGAUGGAACUAUGGUGUAUUUUUUCACUCAAGAUGAAAUACGAACAUCAUUCAUUGAAUGCGGCUUCCAAGAGGAGCAAAAUAUCGUUGAUAAACGACUGCAAGUGAAUCGAGGAAAGCAACUAAUGAUGUAUAGGGUGUGGAUUCAAGGAAAAUAUCGAAAACCUAAGAUGGAUGCGUGAGAUGAAAAACAAACUGUCCUAAAGGAGCUCUACCCUUAGAUUGAUAUUUUAUCGAUCGGGUAGGUUUAUAAACAAAUGAUAGCUGAUGAUUCUGUGACUCAAACGGAUUAUUUAUUAUAAAGCGUCAAACAAAUCUGUGAUUUUUUCAUGUCCAAUGAUAAAAAAUUCCGAUUUGAAUCUUCUAUCGAGCAGUUCUCGAUAAUCUUUCAAUUCACUCAAAGGAUAGAGCUACUCUAAGCGCUUAUUAGACUUGCUAAAUUACCAAAUCAACCGGAAAUGAGCAACAAACUCCAGUAAUAUGACACAUGCAUGUGGAAGGGAUAUAUAGAUUGAAAUAAAACCAUGUACAGAUAUAUGAUUAUAGAAAAUAAAUAUAUUUUGAUAAUGUGAAUAACUCAUAUUAAGGAUUUCCAACAUUUUAAAUAAAUAAUAAAAAACCUGAAGGGUUUUUAUUACUA